AUGCUGCCGUCCGCCAAUCAAGAGCCGCCGCCCAGCCUCGUGGAUCCGCAGUUUCGCACUUUCGGAGUCGAUUGUGAGGAUCCCAAGAUUGAGGCUGUCUCCUGUGCUCAGGUGGACUACCAGCCCACGCGUGCUGGAAAUACCGUUUACGCUGCUGCUUUUGGCCUGCUUCUUAUUGCGCAGCUCGGGCUCGGCAUCAAAUACAAAACCUGGGGAUUCAUGGUCGGCAUGAUCUGUGGUCUCGUUCUUGAAAUUGUUGGAUAUGCCGGCAGAAUUAUGCUGCACGAGAACCCGUUCAACUUCAACAACUUCAUCACCUAUCUUGUACCUCUUACAAUUGCUCCCGCCUUCAUCGCUGGCGCCCUUUACCUCUGCCUGUCCCGCAUAGUUAUCGUCUACGGCCAGAACAUCUCCCGCUGCAGGCCCCGCGCCUAUGCAAUUGUCUUCAUGGCAAGCGACUUCGUCUCGCUGGUCCUCCAAGGCACCGGUGGCGGGAUCGCAGCCACAGCGGAUGAUCACUCCGGGAGCGAAAGAGGACGGGCCAUCAUGGUCGCUGGUGUUGUGUUCCAGGUCGUCUCCCUUCUUAUCUUCAUGGGACUGGGCUUGGAAUUUGCAUCACGCCUGCGCCGCAGGACAGGUGGGAGCGCCAGGGACAUUCGGUUCGUACAGCUAAGGGACACGAGGAAGUUCACUUGGUUCCAGUAUGCGCUCGGCGCGGCUGUUGUGCUCAUCUUUAUCCGCUCGGUAUACCGUGUUGCAGAGCUGCAGCAAGGCUUCAAUGGACCCAUCGCGAAUGACGAGGUGUCUUUUAUGAUCUUGGAGGGGCCGAUGAUCUUGUUGGCAGUGCUUGCAAUGACGGCGUUGCAUCCCGGCUUUGGCUUUGGCGGCCAGUGGAGCAGUGCGGCUUGGUCGUUCAAGCAGUCCAGAAAGGCUGCGAUUGCCAUGAGCGGCUCAUCCAUAGACAGCAUUCACAUGCGACAGAAGCAUAACCCUUGA